GAAGAGUCAGCAUUGUAACUACUACUUACGUUACUCUGAAAGUAGACCAGUAUCACCUCUUUCAUUACUGUCAGAUGAUGAUUAUCCUGGAUUUUGUCCUGAGGAAUUGUUUGAGAACAACAGACCAGAUUCUCCAGAUUCACUUCCUUCACACUUCAAUGCUGAACACACACACAAAACUGUGAUUGUGUCGCCAACGCUUUCUGCUGCUAGACCGCUUACAUAUGCAGAUGUUGUGCGUGGCAUUACACAUCACGAACAUGCAGAUGCUUUUUUGGACAUCAAAUCAUUUGUGUUAACAACUCUUUGCCCUCCAUCAGUUCCCUUAAACAAGGAGUGCACUUACUCCUCCAUGGACAAUCGGGUGACGGAGUUGAGACCACAAUCUCCCGAGUCAGUGACGUCUCAAUGCGAACUUAGGCCCCUCUCUCCUGACUCCCCUGUUCCUCAGUUCAGAUCUCCCCAUGUUGGUUACGAUGUGGAAUGUUCAAGGCACAGGUCGUUUACACCAGAAUCAAUAUCUUCUGACUGGGAAGGUACUGAUUUGUGUCUGGAAACCCUGUUUAAUGAGCCCAGACCAGAAUCCCCACAGUCAGUUUUAUCAGACAUUGGUGUUGAUAAGAUAUUGGAUAGCAGGGCGUUGUCCCCAGAAUCGGUGUCUUCUGAUUUUGACUUUUCUCUCCUGCCCGACUGGUUAGAGGAUUUUCGAGUGUCCUCCCCAGAAUCUGUUGCUUCAUUUGAGCAGCGCUCUUUGUCUCCUCACAUGACAUUUGGCCAAAUGAAGAGUCAGCAUUGUAACUACUACUUACGUUACUCUGAAAGUAGACCAGUAUCACCUCUUUCAUUACUGUCAGAUGAUGAUUAUCCUGGAUUUUGUCCUGAGGAAUUGUUUGAGAACAACAGACCAGAUUCUCCAGAUUCACUUCCUUCACACUUCAAUGCUGAACACACACACAAAACUGUGAUUGUGUCGCCAACGCUUUCUGCUGCUAGACCGCUUACAUAUGCAGAUGUUGUGCGUGGCAUUACACAUCACGAACAUGCAGAUGCUUUUUUGGACAUCAAAUCAUUUGUGUUAACAACUCUUUGCCCUCCAUCAGUUCCCUUAAACAAGGAGUGCACUUACUCCUCCAUGGACAAUCGGGUGACGGAGUUGAGACCACAAUCUCCCGAGUCAGUGACGUCUCAAUGCGAACUUAGGCCCCUCUCUCCUGACUCCCCUGUUCCUCAGUUCAGAUCUCCCCAUGUUGGUUACGAUGUGGAAUGUUCAAGGCACAGGUCGUUUACACCAGAAUCAAUAUCUUCUGACUGGGAAGGUACUGAUUUGUGUCUGGAAACCCUGUUUAAUGAGCCCAGACCAGAAUCCCCACAGUCAGUUUUAUCAGACAUUGGUGUUGAUAAGAUAUUGGAUAGCAGGGCGUUGUCCCCAGAAUCGGUGUCUUCUGAUUUUGACUUUUCUCUCCUGCCCGACUGGUUAGAGGAUUUUCGAGUGUCCUCCCCAGAAUCUGUUGCUUCAUUUGAGCAGCGCUCUUUGUCUCCUCACAUGACAUUUGGCCAAAUGAAGAGUCAGCAUUGUAACUACUACUUACGUUACUCUGAAAGUAGACCAGUAUCACCUCUUUCAUUACUGUCAGAUGAUUAUCCUGGAUUUUGUCCUGAGGAAUUGUUUGAGAACAACAGACCAGAUUCUCCAGAUUCACUUCCUUCACACUUCAAUGCUGAACACACACACAAAACUGUGAUUGUGUCGCCAACGCUUUCUGCUGCAAGACCGCUUACAUAUGCAGAUGUUGUGCGUGGCAUUACACAUCACGAACAUGCAGAUGCUUUUUUGGACAUCAAAUCAUUUGAGUUAACAACUCUUUGCCCUCCAUCAGUUCCCUCAAACAAGGAGUGCACUUACUCCUCCAUGGACAAUCGGGUGGCGGAGUUGAGACCACAAUCUCCCGAGUCAGUGACGUCUCAAUGCGAACUUAGGCCCCUCUCUCCUGACUCCCCUGUUCCUCAGUUCAGAUCUCCCCAUGUUGGUUACGAUGUGGAAUGUUCAAGGCACAGGUCUUUUACACCAGAAUCAAUAUCUUCUGACUGGGAAGGUACUGAUUUGUGUCUGGAAACCCUGUUUAAUGAGCCCAGACCAGAAUCCCCACAGUCAUUUUUAUCAGACUUUGGUGUUGAUAAGAUAUUGGAUAGCAGGGCGUUGUCCCCAGAAUCGGUGUCUUCAGAUUUUGACUUUUCUCUCCUGCCCGACUGGUUAGAGGAUUUUCGAGUGUCCUCCCCAGAAUCUGUUGCUUCAUUUGAGCAGCGCUCUUUGUCCCCUCACAUGACAUAUGGCCAAAUGAAGAGUCAGCAUUGUAACUACUACUUACGUUACUCUGAAAGUAGACCAGUAUCACCUCUUUCAUUACUGUCAGAUGAUGAUUAUCCUGGAUUUUGUCCUGAGGAAUUGUUUGAGAACAACAGACCAGAUUCUCCAGAUUCACUUCCUUCACACUUCAAUGCUGAACACACACACAAAACUGUGAUUGUGUCGCCAACGCUUUCUGCUGCAAGACCGCUUACAUAUGCAGAUGUUGUGCGUGGCAUUACACAUCACGAACAUGCAGAUGCUUUUUUGGACAUCAAAUCAUUUGAGUUAACAACUCUUUGCCCUCCCUUAGUUCCCUCAAACAAGGAGUGCACUUACUCCUCCAUGGACAAUCAGGUGACGGAGUUGAGACCACAAUCUCCCGAGUCAGUGACGUCUCAAUGCGAACUUAGGCCCCUCUCUCCUGACUCCCCUGUUCCUCAGUUCAGAUCUCCCCAUGUUGGUUACGAUGUGGAAUGUUCAAGGAACAGGUCGUUUACACCAGAAUCAAUAUCUUCUGACUGGGAAGGUACUGAUUUGUGUCUGGAAACCCUGUUUAAUGAGCCCAGACCAGAAUCCCCACAGUCAGUUUUAUCAGACAUUGGUGUUGAUAAGAUAUUGGAUAGCAGGGCGUUGUCCCCAGAAUCGGUGUCUUCUGAGUUUGACAACAGACCAGAUUCUCCAGAUUCACUUACUUCACAGUACGACGUUAAACAGACAAGCUUAACUGUAAGUGCAUCUCGACCAUGUUGUCCAUCAAGUCCUCUUAUAUUGUCAGACCACUUUUUCUCUGAUAUGAAAUCAUUAUCUGCCAAUGGCUCUACUUCAGUACACGAGUCACAGAAACAACUGACCGAGCUCAAACUUGUUACCUAUGAAUCCAUGUCAUCAGACUCUACAAUAUCUACUAAGGAACCCAGGAAAAUAUACAAGACUGUCCUUAAAAACCUUAUGUCACAUUUGUAUGAUGAAAUGUAUAAGGGAAAAUGUUCUUGUCAUAAAUUACAAUUUUUUGACUGUACCCUUGAUGACCCUUGCAUGGUCAGGCCACCACAAAAACAGUAUGACUUAAUAGCCACUGGUAGUAGUGCUGUGAUCCUUGGUUCUGUUUCACCACCGUGUCAAAGCAAUUCUGGCUUAUCAUGGUCUGAAUCAAGAUUUACAGGACCACAGGCUGUGGAAAGUGAAUUUAAUAAGAGUCAUUCACUUUCAGAGUAUAGACUACCAUCAUCUGAAAUAUUACAUCCAGAUGAUGGAAAUAAUUUAUAUUCAACCUGCUCAUUCACUGACCAGAGGCCACCUUCUCCAGAAUCAUUUGCCUCAUUUGAUAAGUUCACUGCCCUCUCUCCUGACUCACAAAUUUCCCAAUUCGACUGUCAACCUUAUUAUUACAUGCAUUUGUCAGAAAACAGAUCUGUUUCAGCAGACUACAUUAUGCUGGAGAAAAAUUUUACUGAUUCAUGUCUUGACAGUUUUUGUGAUGAGAUCAGACCAGAUUCUCCAGAGUCCAUCGUGUUUGACAGUGAAUUUCAUGAGUCCUUGAGCAAUAUGCCGUUAGAUAAUGAGUACACACAAUCAUUCCUUGACUACUGGCUGUCUGAGUUAACACCAUCUGCCCCUCAAAUUUCUGAAUCAAUAGGAGAUUUAGAUGAAGGUCUAAACCAGUUGCCAUGUGGGAAAAGUGUCCCAGAUGAGCCUGUUACCACAGACAACAGACUUGUGUCAUCACAUGUCUGUGAUGAGGUUCAUUUCUUUGAAGAUGCAGGUUAUAAAUGGUCUGAGAAGGCUUGUGACCAAAACAAAUGUGAAGAUUUAGUCAGCAUGGGAGAACCACAUAGCUCACCCAAAUCUUGUCAUUUUGAAAGCUUCAUACCAGACUCCAAACCAUUGCAGGAUUCCUCACUAUCCGACUCUACAGUACUUGAUUUUACAGUUCCAGAUUCACAUCCUGAAAUGGUGAUACCACCAACUGGAACAGCUGAGACAGAACGCACAGCUCCUUCCUCAAACACAAAUGACCAGUCUUUUUUUGCCAGGCCUCCUCCCUGGACAGCAAAGAACCUAGACUAGAUCUAGGCGGACCACACAGUAUUAGCCAGUUUUGCACCAAGUUGAGUCACAUGCCAUCUGUGGAACAAAAAUUUGAAUGUCAUCAUGCUGUCUGGCUGGAGGAGGCUUUCCAUGAACAAACUCAAGCAAAGAGAGAAUCAUUGAAACAAAGACCACAUGUGUAUGAACAUAAAUGGACAAACCCUGAAUCUCAAUUAAAGAUGACACACGCCCCAGAUUCAUUUGCCAAGAACAUGAAAAGAAAAUCCAUGAGCGAGGACUGGAGCAAAAGUCCCUUGGUGUCGGUAUCAACAGCAACUUCCGAGACAGAUCUUUCAGAAUCUUCAAAACAAAAAAAUAAUAAUUUAGGAGGGAGUCAGGUCUUUCCAACCGAGACAUCAUCCUUGGCACUUGAUUCAAACACACUUUCCACUGAAAAACUAGAAUUAGCAAUUCCAAGUACCUUUGACUUAAGUAAAACACAAUCUGAAAUCACAUUGACCAAUAAAAGAAGCUCACCACAGGAAAAAGAUGAAAAGCUGUCAUUACCCAAACAAAGUGAACAUUGUGACUUAGCUAAACAAAGCUCAAUGACCCCAGAACCGCACUGCCAAACAGCUAAAGACAGUCCAGAUGACCAAAUCUCCACUCCAACACCAUCAGGGUCUGGGUCCCCUCAGCUUGACCAGCUGCUUUCAGAUCUGGAGGAGAUGAAACUUAAGUUUAGACCAGAGACACUUUACCUACCUCUGUCAGAAUCCAGUGAUGAAAGCCCUGAAGAUGAUCAAAUCCAUCAGUUUGAAGACCUAUCACCUGAAGAUCAAUGCCCUUUAGAAUAUAGUGAUAGCCUAAGAGUCAGCACGUCAUCUGGUAUACAGCUUGCAGAAGACAUGAAUUACACAAAUGUAGCACUCACAGAACCUUCACAUUGCCAGACAUCCAUUCAAGAUGAACCUGAAGUUGUAUCAGUCACUACUGAUCUAACACAAACUUCUGAGACAAGUGUACCACCAAGCCUUGGUUGCUGUAAUGAUAGUCCUGGAUCCCCUACUGAGUCCCUUUCAAUUCCAGAAUUUCACCAAAGAUGUUGUGAAGUGAUGGAAUCAACACUGAAUUCAAAGUUUCCUUUGGACAUAUUCCAGACCAGCAAAUAUGAUGAAAAUGCUGCUGAGACAUUUUCUUCAGUGUCUUUCCCCAAAGUAGUUGCAAAGAGUCAGUCUGACAUACCUGAGGAACAUCUGGCUAAUAUUCGUGAGGAAGAUUCUACAACUGAUAUACUUCAAAAUCAAGAAAAACUUCGAUCAUCUAAUGACUCAAGGGGUGUGACCGUGGAAAUAUCAACACAGAGUAGCCAAAAUCAAUUUCCGGAUUUAUGGGAGGCAACUUCUGUCACUCAGAGUGAAGAUUUAUUUUCUCAGUCUCUUUCUGAUUUGACUCCUGAGACAGUUAGGUCUGCAAGACAUUUUUGCUUUGAGGAACUGAUGGCGUUCCCCUCCCCAUGGAACUUGGAGACAUCCUCAGAUGAGGAUAGGCCAAGGACCAGUGGACAGCAUUCAGAACAAUCUCUGACUCCAGUAGACUCUGAGUGUUUUGCCUCUCAGCCCACUUCAGUUAAACCUAAAGCAGAGGUGACUUCUUCAACCUCUGAUGAAGAGUACAGCAUCCCACCUGGGUAUGCAGAUAUAUCUUCUACCGCAACCAUUUAUAUCCACAUGCCUCCAGAAUAUGCAGAUGUUGUGAAUAGUGGUGCAGACAGCCCAACCUUUGAAUACUCUGACCCAGAGGCUUACUUUGACUGCAAACAGGCUGCAUCAGAUUUCUCAGAGACUGAGCCUGAUGAACCUGAGUCAAGCACUAGGUUAAGUGGAGAUCAGCCCCACGAUCAGCUCAGUUAUCCUCGAGUGCUAGAAAGACUGAAUCAAAAGGUCCUGUUGUCCUCUGGAAGUGAAGAUUAUGAGGAUGCUCCUUUUGUCAAACCUCUUCAUAAUGUACGGGAAGAGAAUGAAGAAUUAUCACAAUAUUCAGAUGCAUCCGAAGAAUUCACCCUUUGUGGGGCUUCACAGCCGCCUCCUGUCUGUGAAACUGGGGCAUAUGAUGAUACUGAUAAAUAUCUGGCAAGGGUAAGAUGAGAUUUGGUAAACCAACCCAACCUGCAAGCUUUUCCCAGAGCUGAGCUUAACCAAUCACUAUAUUUGCUUCAGAGAGGAAUGACUGCUAACCCUCUGGCCACAUGGAUGGGAUCUAAAACUCCUUAUAACCCUUACUUUGUUUUGAUUUCAAAUUUAACCAGUCCUAACUCAGCAUGUCACUUUGCUGCCUGUAACCAGCUGUAUCACUCACAGUAAUAACAUAAGUUACAUGUUUGUUUUUUCAUCAGUAAUAAUCACAUUCAUUCUUUAACAAAGAGCAUGGUAUGUUUUGCAAACAUAUUUUCAUAGUUUCUGACUGCCAUGUUGCACUUUCCAAUAUAAGAUAUGAAAACUCAUUGUAAAAUACUCCAAAUCAAUGGAAAGUGCACCAUUUCACUCUGCUUAUUGCUUGCUUUGCUGAAAACAUAGCAUUCAUAUAUUGCCACUCAUUGAAUCUUAAUGGUGUUGUGUUGCUUGGUCAGGAGAUC